AUGUCAGCUUUUAUUCAAGAAAAUCCACAAAUGAAAAAAACGAGGCGCCCUAAUGGUUAUAUUAAAUUUCGUGCAGAAACUUGGAAAGAGCAUAAAAGAGCUUAUCCAAAUGCAAGGUCGCAUGAAUAUUCUGGCAUCGCUGCAACCCGAUGGAGAGAAUUAUCCGAUGCUGAGAAAAACAAAUAUAUCAUGAUAUCCGAAGUGGAAAAGAGAAAAGUAUGCAACUCGAAAAAUGAUUUACAAAAGAAAAAAGUUAAGCGCACCUACAAAAAAAAAAAAGGCAUUCAAAAAAAAUCGAAAUCCAAGAGAAUCGUAAAGGACGAAAAUGUUUCGAAAAUUGAUGAUUUCGAAAAAGACCAAAUCACUUUCCAAGCUCAGAAAUUAGACGGUAUCAAUGCUGAUAAUACCCAUAGCAAUCAGCAGCAGCAACAUAUGAUAUUGCCGGUUGUCCCCAUUACCGUUACCGAAAAUUCAUACAGUCAAAUUGGAAUUUAUAAUGCCAACGAAACAUUUUAUCCAUCAAUUGGUUAUCAUAUGAGUGAUUAUGACAAUUAUCAGUAUUCUUCAAAUAUACCCGUCGUUACAACAACUGCCACGUAUCACGACGUUUUAUCAUGUCCAGAAUCGCAAAAUUUUAAUAAUAUUUCUACGAAUGUUUUCAAUCCUAAUGAAGGAAAUAUUUUGAUGAAUACAGUUGCGGACUGUAACAACCUAGUUUAUGGUGACCAAACCAUGUCUCCUGAAUCUUAUGGGAAUUACCUAUUUCUUACGGGUAAUUCGGGAACGUUCGAGAAUUUCAUCCCGUAUUCAUAUUAA